AUGUCGGCGGGUCCUGGCUUCAGGCGCCUGCCUUCGGAAAUCGAGAUCACCCCUCCGCCGCCGAAUCGACCGGUACCUAGUCCCAAUGCCUUUGCGAUUGCAGCAGCUCGUGAGAAGGCCGAGCGUGAGAUUCAAUCUCGUCGUAAUGUGGAGUCUAACAAUCCUUACUUACCCUUGAUGGCGCCGCCUGAUAACAUUCUACAGGGUGAGCAAGCCACUGGCCAUGGUCUCCGGCCCUCCACUGGAACGAGGUCUCUCGGACACGAGCCCGGCCUCACUCGAAGCUCGCCUGCGAAGUCUGACAUACGCCCAUAUACUGAAGGUGAUCGUCAUGCUAGCACCGCUCGCUCCAGACAUUCCAACCACACUGAACCAGGAAGCACUCGAGGUUACAAACUGAGCCAUGGCCGAACUGCGAGAGCGAAGCCUGAUCUUAGGACUGCCAGAGCACACCUUGAGGCCAAGUCAGAGAAGAAGCAUUUCGAGAUGUUGCACCAGCCCUGGGAUGAGAGCGGCCGUGGGGACUAUGAUAUGCAGAUCACGCGCAUCGAUAGAACUCGUGAAAAGCCUAUCAAGAAAAGCAACUCUCUCAAGAGUCCAAUUAAGAAGAUGUUCGGUAACCUAGGCCUUCCGAGCUUUCUCUCGUCUAACAACGACGCGGCUGGACCAAGCACCCCUCCUCCCCCAAUGCCAUUGAAGGCUGCUAAACUCCUUGGGACGGACUCACAGCAAGGUCGUGGAUACACCUAUCGUCCUUGGAACCAUACACUGCGCUCUACUACAUCGAAGUCACUUCCAUCGAAGAUUCAAGAUCCUCAGAGCCGCGUUCGUCAUCCUCGACCUCGCAGCCCUCCUCGCACCGCACUCAGGACUUCAUUCCACAAGAAAUCAUCUUCCCGUGACAAGGUGACUAUGACCAAGAAGAGGCCCGUAAAGAAGCCUCUUUGGGCAACGGAAACCCCUCACGUCCCACCGACUCCGCCAGCAAAAGAUACGCCACCAGAUGUUCCAGAGAACAUGCUCGGUUGGACUCAGUCCAAGCGUGUCAUGAAAGACCGUGCCAAGGAAGAGUAUCGCAACAGGGCAAGGAACGGCGAUCCCAUUCCCAAGAUGCCAAACUUUUAUACUACUGCCCCUCUCAUCCCGGAGGGCGGAGGUGAAAGCCCAACAAAGUUCGUUCCUUAUACGGCCGAGGACUACGCCAAACUGAUUGAAGCUCCUGACAUCAUGUCUGCUCGUGGAGAGAUGGGCUAUGCGACCAACAAUCCCUUUGAGAACUCAGACAAUGAGCAGGAGCCCGAGAAUGAGCAAGAUGAGGAUGACAUGCACCCAGCAUUGAGGCAGGAGAAAGGAAAAGGAAAAGUCAUCGAGCAGGUGUCCCCCACCCAGCAGAAUGUGGCUCAGCGCUAUUGGGCUCAGCAUAAUUUUGCUGAUUCUCCUCUCAAGCCUCGUUUCUUCACUCCAACUGGUCUCUCUAUUAAAGGAUUUGAGGAAGAUAGGCCGUCUAGAAAUGCCGAUCCUCGCCGCCUGCUCUUCACCGUUCCAGCACCCAAACCCAACCAGUCGACCUCUUCCGUACAGACCAGCUCCUCCAAAGAACUCGUCGAGAUGAUGUUCAAGGGUGAUUCCAGUGAGAUCAAUAUGGCUCCCGGAGCUAUGGACGAAAAUAAAACAGCUGGCGGUCAGAAAACUUCACCACAGAAAAUGCAGGGAGUCUCAUAUACCUCAGACACCGCUUCCAUCGCCCCUUCGCGCAAUGAGCAAGCUUCCAAAAACGUUCGCUCAAGCAACGGCUCGCAGUUUCUUCAGCCUGAUCCAUCCUCAUCUCGCCUUACGGCGAUUCUCGAUGCUGUGAGUCCCUCCAAGGCUGGUUAUAGCCACAACAACAGCGAUGCAUACGCCAGCUGCCCGAGCGCGGUCCCGAGCCCGCUUCACCAUCAGGCUCCACACCUAGGUCUCGUGGCUGCUGCUAUGCAAUCUGGCCAACCACUUCCAGUCGAUUCCAAUGAUCUUAGCAACAUCUAUACUCACUUCUUUAUGUGCAAUGAGCAUAUCGAUGUAGUUGGCCGCACACUCUUCGAUGCAGUUAUCAAUCAGAGCGCAACGCAAUAUACCCUCAUCACGACGAGACACAAUGACAUGGUUGCCAAGCAAGAGGCAGGGUUCAAGGAGGUUCAAAGCAACAUGACAUCCACUGAUAAGCGUAUUGACGACGUCUUGGAGAAACAGAAGGCCAUCGAAGCCAAGAUGGACAAAGUCAUCGGAUUGUUGAAGUCGGACGUUGCCGAACCGCUGUCUGCCCAGAAUCGAAAGAACACUGAGAUGCAGAAGCGAAUUGAAGAUCUGAGGAAAGAGAUGGUAGCGCUUAGAACCUCUCUACCAUCUGCUCAAGCAUAUGUCCCGCAAGGACUAAUGGGCCCGCCGAUGCCACUUCCCAACCAUCGCUCACAGCCCUCUCUCGCCUACUCUUACGACCCGGUCGCGGAUUCGCCUGCUGAAGGCCAUCGCAUGCCGCCAGCAGGCAUCUUCGAGAUGACCAACCACGCGUACCCUCGGUUCGGUCAAGGCUAUACCAGUGGUAACAAUGGCGGUACCGGCACAGGCAAUGGUACCGGCAACAGCAACGCUACCGGCAACAGCAACAAUAAUGGCAUCAACAAUGGAAGUACCAAUAGUAACGACAAUAACUUUGGAAAUGGACAUGCCUGGCGCAACCAGAAUGCGGGCUCCGAGAAUAAGGAUCGAUAUGCCUCUUCCAACCCGUACCACAGCAACAACGGAGCAGGCCACUUCAGUGGUGGGAACGGAAGCUUCUAUGGAGGCAUGCCCUCGUACUACUCUGGCAGCAAUGGCCACGAUUUCAGCAACGGAGGAACCAAAUAGAUGAAUCCUGCAGGACGACAGUGGGUUGUUCGAUCGACGUUUGAACUGGAUGAGCCCUUCGUGAACUACCGCUAAUCUAACGACGUAUGAACCGGAACGAUUCUCCUUGCGCGACCGCUAUUUGGACGACGUAUGAACUGGAUGCGAAAUGUCUUGAUAUGACUUGUACCAACACACUUAGCAACUGGAAUUGACGUAGCCUAAUUGUUUCUGGCGCCAAAGGCCUUGUUUGGACUUUGGAAGAGCCGAUCUUUGGGCUGUCUUCCUUUUGUUACUUUUCAUUUUCCCUUUCCCCUUUUCCUUCACGAUUAGGAAAACAAUUUGCCUCUUGGAAGGCUCAGCUUAGUACACUCCAGCUCAAAAUCAGGAAUCGACUUGUGGUCAGGACUAGGAUCAGCGAGCAGGCAGAAAGGAACCGUUGAGUUUGCCAUCCACGCUUUGCUUGCAAACUUUGCGUUGUUCAACGCUUGGUAGCGUAGCAGUGUAGGAAGGAG